AUGGCCAAUUUAAUGGACCUAUUAGAGAGACCAGCCACACCCCCUCAACUUGACAAUGAUGACAAUGACGAUGAUCUACAUCCUCAAAAUGGAUUGGAAAUGAAUGGGAUAAAAGAAAAUGGACAAAAUGAGGAAGAAGAAGAAGAGGAAGAGGAGGAGGAAGAAGAUAAUGAUGAACCAGUCCCAGUCUGGUACAUUUUAGAGGAAUUUGGUGCUCGUAUUCAUCACUCCGAGAAUCCUACUGUUGCCAUGGUACCCAUUUUUUCAUAUCUUGUAUACAGUGAGGUAGACCUUGUAAGCAAACAUUUAACACAUCCUCAAUUCAAGUUGAUCUAUUCUCAAGAUAAUGCUGACAUAUUGUGGUUCUUUGAUCACUUAAAAAAUUAUCGAUCUGUAAAACCUUCUCAGUUGUUAAAUCAAUUUCCAAGUGAAAAUGUUCUCACGUGCAAGGAUUUGUUUGAUAUCGUUGCCAGAAGGGCUACUAAGGCCCACUCCCACAAUCCCACCCACUCACCAGAAUGGUUACCAGAGUCAGAACGGGACAAUAUUUGGAUUAUCAAACCAUGGAAUUUAGGACGGAGUAUGGAUACUUAUAUUACCAAAAAUUUGCCACAAAUUGUACGCCUUUCUCAAGCAAGUCCAAAGGUAGCCUGUAAAUACAUCACUAACCCAGUCCUGUUUCAUCGUGAAGAUGUAGGUACUGUAAAGUGGGAUAUACGUUACAUUGUGUUACUGGUAUCAGUACAACCCAUUCAGUAUAUGCUUUACAAUACAUUCUGGCUUCGAUUUGCUAACAAACCUUUCUCACUGCAAUCACCUCUCUAUGAUUAUGAGACUCAUUUCACAGUGAUGAACUAUCGUGAUGAAAGUCAACUUAAACAUAUAGAGUCAGUGGAAUUUAUACCUUUGUUUGAAGAACAGUACCCCACUCUAUUCAUGGAAAGAAUAGAAGAAAAUAUUUUUCAAGCAUUUUAUGAGCUUUUUUCUGCUGCUACUUCUGAGGCACCACCAGAGGAAUAGCUCAUUUUUCCUCAGUCCUCGGCCAUGUAUGCUAUUGAUCUUAUGCUAGAAUGGGCAUCACCUGAUGGAGGAUGCGGAUGUCAGAAUAUUCAGCCAAAACUUUUGGAAGUUAAUUUCUGUCCAGAUGUAAACAGAGCAUGUCGACAUCAUCCCAAUUUCAUAAACAAUGUUUUUGAGUGUCUCUUUCUACCAGAGUCUCAACAUAGUCCAGAUUUGCCUGUUACACGACUAAAAGGAAUAUAA